AUGAGGUUCCAUCUCUCGCUGCUUAGCCUGGCGGCAGUAUUUGCCCAGCCAGCCUUGUCCCAAUUUCCCCCAAAGCCCGAAGGCGUGACGGUAUUGAAGUCGAAGUUCAAUGAAAACAUCACCAUCAGCUACAAGGAGCCUGGGCUAUGCGAGGAGACCCCCGAUGUCAAAUCUUAUGCUGGCUUUGUCCAUCUUCCCCCAGGAACGCUUGAGGGGGUUGGUCAAGAGCAAUUCUACGAGAUCAAUACUUUCUUUUGGUUUUUCGAGGCCAAGGAAGAUCCAGAAAAUGCUCCUCUGUCCAUCUGGAUGAAUGGAGGUCCAGGAAGUUCGUCUAUGCCGGGCCUGUUUAAUGAGCAUGGGCCUUGCUAUAUCAAUAACGAUUCCAACUCGACGCGGCCCAGUGAGUGGUCUUGGAACAAUAAAGUAAAUAUGCUGUACAUCGAUCAGCCAGUUCAGGUCGGCUUCUCCUACAACACCCUUCGAAAUGUAGCGAGGAACCUGCUCGGUGGUGUGAAUACAUUGGAACCUGGAAGUCCUGUUCCAGAACAGAACACCACCUUCCAUACUGGCACUUAUCCCGAAUCCGGCGUCAAUACCACCAGCUGGGGGAGCCGCAAUGCGGCAAUUGCCUUGUGGCAUUUCUCCCAGGUUUGGUUCCAGGAAUUCCCAGGCUAUCGCCCCAAGAACGACAAGAUCAGUAUCUCUACUCAAUCUUACGGAGGUCGCUACGGGCCAGCCUUCGCCUCAUAUUUCCAAGAACAGAACGAGAAGAUCCAAAAUGGGACUUGGGAGGGCCCCGAGGGCGAGCAAUACAUCCUGAAUCUAGACACGCUCCUCAUCGUGAACGGGUGCAUCGACCGCAAAGUACAAUGGCCUUCAUAUCCUACAAUGGCAUUCAACAACACCUUUGAUAUCAAAACGGUAAACGAGACGGUUUACCAAAGCAUGGUGGAUGCUUUUGACCGCCCCGGUGGAUGUCGCGAGCAAAUCGACAAUUGCCGCGAGGUCUCUGCGCUCUAUGACCCUGAAAAUAUCGGGACCAAUGCGACCGUGAACUCGAUCUGUCAACAAGCCGAGACGUACUGUUCUAACACAAUGCGAGAUCCGUAUCUCGAUGUCUCUGGCCGCGACUACUACGAUGUGACCCAGCUCGAGCCCGUCUCCUUCCCGGCUCCGUUCACCGCUGGCUACCUCAACCAACCCCAUAUCCAGUCUGCGCUCGGCGUCCCUCUCAACUGGACCGGCAGCUCGUCCGCCUCCUCUACCGCCUUCCGUAGCAUCGGGGACUACAACCGACCCGGCUGGAUCGAAGACAUCGCGUACCUCCUGCACCGCGGCAUCAAGGUCACGUUGAUGUACGGCGACAGAGACUUUGCGUGCAACUGGAUCGGCGGCGAGCAGACCUCGCUCGCCAUCCCGUGGGAGAACCAGGACAAGUUCUCCGCGGCCGGGUACGCCCCUCUCCAGACCAACGAGACCUACGAGGGAGGGCAGGUCCGCCAGUACGGAAACCUGUCCUUCAUCCGCGUCUACCAGGCUGGCCACGCCGUCCCCGCCUACCAGCCCGAGACCGCCUAUCAGAUCUUCAACCGGGCGCUUUUCAAUCGCGACAUCGCGACGGGGGAGAUCGACACCGCCACGAAUACCACGUACGCGACCGAGGGCCCCUCAGACACGUUCCACAUCCGCUCAGAAGUCCCCCCUCAGUAUGGUGACUUCUGCUACAUCCUUGACACUGGCUCCUGUAGCGACAGGCAGAUAGCGGCGCUGCGUGAUGGAACCGCUAUCAUCAAGGACUACAUCGUGAUAGAGCCAGCAUCAGAGCAAGGUGCGGCUCGCUCACUGAGGACAAGAGACAUCCUCGAUGGAUCAAAGGCAGGGUUUUAG